CUGAGCGGUGAUUGACAAUAAUGGCGACGCGUUGAUUCUGAGUUGGCUCCAAGGAUUCAUCCGUGGCUGACAAAGGGAGCAUCUCGGGUGGAACUGAGCCGCGCAAAAAGGAUACAGAAUAAAUGCGAGAGCGCACUUUACUCUCUGAGAACAUAGCCAGUCGUCAGAGGGGCUUCGUUUUCUUUGCACAGGGGUUAGCUCGCAGUUCGGCUCGCUAGCUUGCUAAGUUUAAGAGAAGUGCACAAGACGCGCCGUAAGUCGAGUCUCGCUGCUGUUUACGCCAGCCAAUGUGAGGUGGAAUUAGGGUGACAUCGGCCAGUUAAAAGCCCUCUGGUCGAUCGGGAUUUAUUUUGCCCAAGUCUUGUUUAUUUGCUAGCUUAGCUAGUGUAGCGUUGUGGAUUGUUUCUCUCUUCAUCUGCGACUUGUUUCCACUCGUUUGAAAUCUGCCCAUCGUAGCACCUCCUGCUAGCAGACCAACUCAGAUUUGCACUGGGAUUCCAAAUCCUGCCGUAAAUGACCACCGGCAGGAAUAACCGGGCGAUGAUGGAAGGGGUGGGAGCCAGAGUGGUCCGCGGACCCGACUGGAAGUGGGGUAAACAGGACGGUGGAGAGGGACACGUUGGCACCGUCCGGAGUUUUGAAAGUCCAGAGGAGGUUGUUGUUGUCUGGGAUAAUGGAACUGCCGCUAACUACCGUUGCUCUGGAGCCUACGACGUGAGGAUACUGGACAGUGCUCCCACAGGUAUCAAACACGAUGGGACAAUGUGUGACACCUGUCGUCAGCAGCCCAUUAUUGGUAUUCGCUGGAAAUGCGCUGAGUGCACCAAUUACGACCUCUGUACAACCUGUUACCAUGGAGACAAACAUCACCUGAGGCACCGUUUCUACAGGAUCACCACCCCAGGCAGUGAGAGAGUUUUGUUGGAGUCGCGUCGCAAGUCAAAGAAGAUCACUGCCAGAGGCAUCUUCACAGGCGGCCGUGUGGUCCGAGGAGUGGACUGGCAGUGGGAGGACCAGGAUGGAGGGAAUGGCAGGAGGGGCAAGGUGACUGAGAUCCAGGACUGGAGCGCCGCCAGUCCUCACAGCGCUGCCUACGUGCUGUGGGACAACGGGGCCAAGAACCUGUACAGAGUUGGAUUCGAGGGAAUGUCUGAUCUGAAAUGUGUUCAGGAUGCCAAAGGAGGCUCCUUUUACAGAGACCACUGUCCUGUUUUGGGUGAGCAAAAUGGGAACCGAAAUCCGGGCGGCCUGCAGAUUGGCGACCUGGUCAAUAUUGACCUUGACCUAGAGAUUGUCCAGUCCCUGCAACAUGGCCACGGUGGGUGGACUGACGGAAUGUUCGAGACUCUCACCACCACCGGGACGGUAUGCGGCAUCGACGAGGAUCAUGACAUUGUGGUCCAGUAUCCCAGUGGGAACAGGUGGACCUUCAACCCAGCUGUACUGACGAAGGCUAAUGUAGUGCGCAGUGGUGAGGUGGCAGCCGGGGCAGAAGGAGGAAGUUCCCAGUUCCUGGUGGGAGACCUGGUUCAGAUUUGCUACGACAUUGAUCGCAUUAAGCUCCUACAGAGAGGCCACGGGGAGUGGGCGGAGGCCAUGCUGCCGACUCUCGGCAAGGUGGGUCGUGUGCAACAGAUCUACUCCGACAGCGACCUGAAGGUGGAGGUUUGUGGAACUUCAUGGACGUACAAUCCUGCCGCCGUCACCAAAAUCGCCCCCUCUGGUUCCGCUGUCAGUAACGCCUCUGGAGAGCGUCUGUCUCAACUGCUGAAGAAACUCUUCGAGACACAAGAGUCUGGUGAUAUCAACGAGGAGCUUGUCAAAGCAGCAGCCAAUGGAGACCUGGCCAAAGUGGAGGACAUACUGAAGAGACCCGAUGUGGAUGUGAACGGACAGUGUGCUGGACACACUGCGAUGCAGGCGGCCAGUCAGAAUGGCCACGUGGAUGUUCUGAAACUGCUGCUCAAACACAACGUGGACCUUGAGGCUGAGGACAAAGACGGUGACCGUGCGGUGCAUCAUGCAGCGUUCGGUGACGAAGGCUCAGUCAUUGAGGUGCUGCAGAGGGGCGGUGCAGACUUAAAUGCCAGGAACAAGCGCAGACAGACUCCGCUGCAUAUAGCUGUCAACAAGGGCCAUCUGCAGGUGGUCAAAACCCUGCUGGAGUUUGGCUGCCAUCCCAGCCUUCAGGACUCUGAGGGCGACACCCCGCUACAUGAUGCCAUCAGCAAGAAAAGGGACGACAUGCUGUCAGUGCUGCUUGAGGCCGGUGCUGAUUUUACCAUCACCAACAAUAACGGGUUCAAUGCCUUGCAUCAUGCCGCCCUCCGAGGAAACCCCAGCGCCAUGCGUGUCCUCCUCUCCAAACUGCCGAGGCCCUGGAUCGUGGAUGAGAAGAAGGAUGAUGGCUACACGGCUCUGCACCUGGCUGCCCUCAACAACCACGUGGAGGUGGCUGAGCUCCUGGUCCAUCAGGGGAAUGCCAGUUUAGACAUUCAGAACGUCAACCAGCAAACGGCCCUGCACCUCGCUGUAGAGCGCCAGCACACCCAGAUCGUCCGGCUGCUGGUGCGAGCGGAGGCCAAGCUGGAUGUGCAGGACAAGGAUGGGGACACGCCGCUGCACGAGGCACUGCGUCACCACACGCUCUCGCAGCUGCGGCAGCUUCAGGACAUGCAGGAUGUCAGCAAAGUGGAGCCUUGGGAGCCCUCCAAGAACACGCUGAUAAUGGGCCUAAGCACUCAGGGGGCUGAGAAAAAGAGCGCCGCCUCCAUCGCCUGUUUCUUGGCUGCCAACGGAGCAGACCUGUCCAUCCGCAACAAGAAGGGCCAGUCGCCACUGGACCUGUGUCCUGACCCCAGCCUCUGCAAAGCUCUGGCCAAGUGCCACAAGGAGAAGAGCAGUGGUCAGGUGGGGACCCGAAGUCCAUCUCUGAACAGCAACAUCGAGUCGCUGGAGGAGUGUAUGGUGUGCUCCGACAUGAAGAGAGACACGCUGUUCGGACCCUGUGGACACAUCGCCACCUGCUCCCUGUGCUCGCCCCGAGUCAAGAAGUGUCUGAUCUGCAAGGAUCAGGUCCAGUCCAGGACCAAGAUCGAGGAGUGCGUCGUCUGCUCGGACAAAAAAGCGGCCGUGCUGUUCCAGCCCUGCGGUCACAUGUGCGCUUGUGAGAACUGUGCCAGCCUCAUGAAGAAGUGCGUACAGUGCCGGGCUGUGGUGGAACGCCGCACUCCCUUUGUCCUCUGCUGUGGAGGGAAAGGUAUGGAGGAUGAUGCCGCUGAUGAUGAUGAUGAUGAUGAUGAUGAUGAUGACAUUACAGGAAGCACGAACACCAUGCCAGGAGGAUCACAAGACCUCCUCCAGCCCAACAACCUGGCCCUCAGUUGGUCGAGUGGGAACAUUCCGGCUCUGCAGCGGGACAAAGACAACACCAACGUCAACGCUGACGUCCAGAAGCUGCAGCAGCAGCUGCAGGACAUCAAGGAGCAGACCAUGUGCCCCGUGUGUCUGGACCGGCUGAAGAACAUGAUCUUCAUGUGCGGACACGGAACCUGCCAGCUGUGCGGCGACCGCAUGAGCGAGUGUCCCAUCUGUCGCAAGGCCAUCGAGCGCCGGAUCCUCCUGUACUAGAGCUCCUCCCCUCGCCAAGCUCCGCCGUGCUGCCACCACACCAGCUGCUGUGCCCCAGCCUGCCAGACGAGGGCGCCCUCGCACGUCUUAUUCCACCCAGCUUUUCAUUUCGGACCCUGAUGGAAGUGUCUGUUACUGGCUGAAGACUUCAGCGUCCAACUUUCUUUUGAACUUUGACCCUGCUGGAGGUGCCCGGGGCCUCGGCCCGGCCUCGGAUGUGUCCACCUUUAUUAUUGUCAAACGUUAUGCAAAUGUUUGGUCACCUGUGGAGGCAGAGCAGGUUUUCAUUUCUCACUACAGUAUGCAACACCAGGCUCCAGUGUUCUGAGCUUCCCGUCAGUGCUGACGUCCACGCUCCACACACUGGAGCGGGCUGAAGACCCCAGUGGGGUUUCAGUCCCGGCUGAGCAGAGGCUCCUACUGACACACGCGCCCAGACUUUAGUGCCAUUUGCUUGCAGAGGUUAGUCCACAGAGAGACGCGGUGCUCCGGGUCACGUGUUUCCUUCGUUUCUCUGGACUCAGUAUUCAUUCACGCCGGUAAAUUAUUCUCUCUGACUGCCCAGAAAUGUAUAGAAGUCACUGCCCCCCUGACAUGUAGCCUCAAAGUCUGCACUCUGAUAUCCACGUUUGUUUCAUCAACUCUUUGUUCAGCAGAGUCUCUGUGCUCCGAGCAACUCUGCCGUCGUCAAACUUGCCUUAACAGCUGUGGAAGGCACGUCGCUCGCUUCCUCCUCCCCAUCAUUUCAGUCACUCGUGUCGACCUGGUUUCCCUCCUAAAGACUCUUUUCUACUUUGUUUUGUAACUGUCCCGUGAGUCUCUUCUUUGGCAUGAAUGUUGACUGAUGUGUCAUGGAAACUCUCUGUGUUGCUUCUCAGUGGUUUUAAAAAAAAAAUGAACUGACCGUAGAGCUGAAAUAAAGUUGUAAAAGAA